GUACUAUACAAUAGGAAUCCAACUGCGAAAGAUUUCAAAACAAUUUUCAAAGACCGUAAACACUGGCAGUGAGGAAAGCGAUUGUACAUGCUCAGUAGUUAAGAAAAAAAUGGACGGACAAAGAAAGUUUCCUUACAUUGCGAACGCUAUUUCAUACUACAAACGUACACAAGGCGUUCACAACUCGGAGUACUGCAGAAGCUUGCAACAACUGAACGAGGCUCGCCCUCACCACACCAUAGCCUUUGAAGAAAAAGACGAAAUAGGAGAGUUUUGUGUUUCACAAGGCCUGCCUGAAAGGAUUGUGAGAGACUUUAAAGAGUUCCAAACUUUGUUUAACGAAUCGCCAAGCAACGUCCUUAACUCACUAUGGGAUAAUAUAUUUAAUUUGCUCUCGGUUACCGUUAAUUACACCGAUGGAAUUAAACCUGUUUCCAAAGCUCUUGUAGAUUGUGGAAUUGUGCCAGCUUUGUUAUUCUACACAAAAGUAAUUGAUUAUAGGGGAAUGCGUGACGAUUCUCGCGAAGCCAUCCUCGUAAAAGUUUGCGUUGAGGAGAUGGUUAACUUGUCGAAUGGAGCCUCACCUCAAGCGAUGAGUCAUGACGGGGUCGUAGAAGCCCUCAUUCCCUUCGUUAAAAGUACGAACAAGUCUAUGGCUGUAGCGUCUCUGAUUGCAUUAGCUGCGAUAGUGGAUGAGGAUCAGAAUGAUUUAUUGAUGGCUAAUCCAGAACCAAUCAAGUUGAUCAUAGAAUUGCUGGAUACUGCAUUGUGUUACGACGAUCAUCGUCUUGUGGGGGGAACUCAGUGGUCUGCAUACGARUUGGGGGAUGGAUUGAGCAAAAUAGCYGUGAACGACAAAAACAARAUCGAGGUUGAGUUAAUGCACUUUUUAAAAAUCGUGAGGCAAGGAGGACUYAGAGUWUUACGUAAUUUUUUGAUGAAAGCUAAAGACACCGUUGAAGAAGCCAGCGCAGCAAAUUGUUUUUGGAUGCUUGCCUUUAACGAGGACAACGUGAAAAAGAUUAAGGAAUUUCCUGAUUGCAUUGAAAAACUACGAUCCUUAAAGGCGAGCGCAGAUAGUCAAGUAUCGAGCUCUGCUUCUGGUGCACUAUGGGAAAUAGAACAGAAAGCUAAAAGAGGCGAAGACAUCAAAGCAAGCCGAGCAAGCCUUAAAAAAAUCGACACCGGUGAUGAUAACAUGCCACAUAUCAUGAUUAGCUACCAGUGGGAUGUUCAAAAGACUUUGAUUCAGGUUAAGAAACUCUUGCAGCAAAGUGGAUACAAAGUAUGGAUGGAUGUGGAUCAAAUGCAAGGAUCAACUCUUGAAGCAAUGGCUAAAGCAGUCGAGAAUUCUGCUUUAGUACUAGUGUGUAUUUCUUCYAAGUACAAGGAGAGCCCCAAUUGCAGRAGCGAAGCGGAGUACGCUUUUCAGUUGAAGAAGAACAUCAUACCAUUGAUGGUAGAGAAGAACUUCAAGCCUAGUGGCUGGCUCGGAAUGGUAGUUGGCGCCAAACUCUGGUAUGACUUUGCUGAAACAUCUCGAAUCCAAGAAACUGCAGAUAAACUGAUGAAAGAGUUGAAAACUCGGGUCCCUCAGGCCAUUGUUGGAGCAAAGCCUAUUCCCGCCGAAGAAGUUUCAGCUACAGAACCAUCGCCUUCAGCCGYGCAGCCUCAAAGUUUGCCCACAAAGAAUGCAGUUAGCAAUUGGAAAGAAAAGGAUGUCAUUUCUUGGGUCAAGGAGAUUGGCCUUAGUCAAAAGGUAAAAAUCAAAGCAUUGGAUCAAUUCAAUGGAGAUCUUUUGAUCGAACUUUGGAAGUUAAAACAAGAGUGUCCAACUGUUUAUUACUCAGCUCUUGAGAGAGAUCUUGCUAUGGCUGGACUAAUGGAUAUUCUUAAGUUUAACCGAGCGUUGUCAGCUUGCAUGACUAACUGAAAGACGUUUGGCUGUUCAUGGGACAACCUCGCUCCCCUAUAUUUUAUGUAUAUUAACACGUAAUUAAUCGGGCUAGCCAUAGGCUAGUCCGGCUUUAGUACCACCUCUAAGUCAAUCAAUCAAUCAAUCUAUUUUGUACCGUUUGGGUACCCACAAUGCUUUUUAGUAUAAUUUCAUAAGUGAAUAUCAUAAUUCUAGCGCGCUGAUUGGUCGAAUUUGACGCUUCAAUGAGCGAUGUUCAGCUAUAGAUGAAUAUUGGUUUUUUUUUCGCAAAAUGGCGUCGUCCGCGAGUCGUUGGAUUAAACAAUUGGAUUAAAAAAAAUUGGAUUAAAACUUUUUAUAAGUAAGUUUUGUUUAUUUAAUAAUAAAAACCUUGUCUAAAACUACUUUUUUAUCUAUCGUUUUACGUCAAACAGGCUGAAAUUUGUAGGUUUUCGCCUGUUUUUUUUACAUUUUACUUGAUACAUUUUUUGACAGAAUGGUUUCAACAACAGUCUGAAUUUACUGUCAGCUUUGAAGACAUGGAUACAAGUGAAUUAAACAAGUAUCUAUCAAAGUUUUACGUGCCCAUAAGGAAGAAAAAUGGCAAUUAUUACAAGAAGACGACUUUGCUGUCAAUCCGAACGGCCCUCGACCGCCAUCUUCAAUCCCCGCCUCAUAACAUUUUACGAAAAUGCAGUAGUUCUUUUUUCUCUAUUUUUAUGAAUAUUCACUUAUGAAAUUAUACUAAAACAAUUAUUCACCUCAGGUUCAGUGAUUAUCAAUGAAUAUUUACCUCGCGGCUCGCGGAAUCGCCGCUCUGUAAAUAUUCAUUGAUAAUCACUUCGCCUUCGGCGAAUAAUUGUUAAAUGUCAAUUGUCAUGUGGUCUUACACUGAAAACGACCAAGGAAUGUUGUUCUUCUUGAAGAGGUUUUUUAGAGGUUUACCUAUUUAAUUCAUCAUAAAUAGGAAGAAUGUAGGUCUCACUUCUUCGAAGGUGACAAGAUGGUGCCAUACGUUUUAGAUCUUGAAAAUAAAAAUCAGUAACCCUUGUUCCUGUKGUUCGAUUUCAUACAAGUUACAACAUCUAUCAGUGGUUAAUUCCCUCCACUGAGACCAAUAGAGGCAAUAUAUAGAAUGAGCUACAUAUCUAUGGCAAUGAGCAUGUUAUUAUUUCUCUAUUUUUCACUACACUAGAUAGCCCGACUUCACGCUGUUAGAGCGUCUAGUUCCAGUCGAAAGACUGCGAGGUGUUAUUUCUUAAUAAACGUUAUAUCUUAAU